UGUGUACGCUGUCGCAGAUGCAUGGCCAGUACAAUGCUAUGAUAGGAUAUGAGCAGCACACACGACGGUCCACACGCACGUUGCUUAAUGCUCUGCGCGUAAAAUACGAUUCGGCUUCGACCCCUAAGCUCAUGAUGCAAGAUAACUAGGCGUGGUUCCGUACAUCUCGCAUGUAAGAAACCUGCCAGAUCUGGUGUGUGUCUUCACUGCGCUUCGCAAGCGCUCCUUACAGAGGCCGCCCUCUACACAGAUUGUUUCCUUAUUACUGGUCGUCAUAACAACAAGCAGAGCUGGGACGAGCACAGAUACCAGCGCCUAGUAUGUCUGCACAGGUCGCCAGCCUCCGCAAAACUGUGGAGCAGCUUCGAAUGGAGGCUAACAUAGAGCGAGUCAAAGUUUCACAGGCUGGGGCCGACCUCUUGGCAUAUUGCCAAGCUAACUCCCCGGAGGACUACCUAGUACUAGGUGUUCCGCCUAAUCUGAACCCUUUCAAGGAGAAGAAAGCAUGCACGAUUUUAUAAGGAGAUUCGCCUUGGCCUAUAAUUUUACACUUCUGUACAUUUCGAACGUCAAACUUGCACGCUACUUCACACAGUAUUGGUAAACUACAACUAGUAUUGACGGGAUUAUGUGCUUGGCAUUUUUUGUAGAAACGAUAACGGUAAAUUUCAGGACCUUAUGAGAUCUUUGAUUUGUAAAUCUACAGAUUUUGACCAGAAAAAUCAAUGAAAAUGACUGUUCAUAAUGGAAACCCACUCUCCACGCAUUCAAGAGGUUUGAAUGCAGAAGAGGUAUACCUUGAAGACUUUUGGGGGUGUGGUCAAAAAUUCAGGCUUCAGAAUUUGUCGACUAUUAUUUCAGUUUGUGGAGAAAUUUUCAGAAAUUGUCACAGACGAUUUUUAAAGAGUAGUGGUUUUGAUACACGCUUUUACAAUGGAAGACCUAAUUUGCUUGCAUGUUUAGUUUAGACUGGUUUCCGUCAUGUGUAUACUUAAUUCAUCUAUCUAUCAGUGGGUAAGUCGACGGGUACCAGAUUUCAAUAGAUCUAUGUAUCCGUUGACCCGUCAUCGUGUAAGUGGAUAGAUCUUGAUUUAUAGAUGUUCCAGCUCCUUGUGUCAACUCAAUCAAAAAUUACAAACAUUUUGUUCAACUAAGCCCGAGAAAAAUCAAACAGGUGAAGGAAACAGAAUAUCAAAUAUUUCCCUGCCGAUACAAAACAAAUCAUAUGAUACUAUAGAACACGCUCCUGAAUUGGCUUCGAGCCAGGCACCCAGUGCCAGCACACAUGAUGGUCAUGUGAGUGGGACAUCUGCACUUGUAAGCAAGACGUCGUAGGUUUGAAUCCAACCUGUGGCACACUUUGGAAUUUUUUCGCAUACCUCGGACCACUGAGAAAUACGGUGUGACUACAUAGGACUGCACAAGGGCAAAACCUAGUAUUAUUAUGAUGUAAAUGAUAAUCAUUAUUCCUUGUUGACGAGUUUUUACCUUUUUUUUCAAGGAGUCCUGGGUAUAUGUUGCUCUUUUUUUCGUGGAGUCUCGCAUUAUUGUAGGCCGGCGUGGUAGCACUAAAACAUCACAGGGUCAUUUCUCAACGGGGAAUUGAUUCACAAAAGUACUGUCUGUACACUUUUUAUGACGACGCCGAGAGAGACGCCGUGUAGUCAUCAGCCUAGGAGCUUUGCAUUUUCUGUCCUUGACCCAUUAUUUGUGACGAAUAAUCAUUUUCUUUAUGCAUCAACUUGUUUUAAAAAUGUACUUGUUGCAUGCUUUUUACUUAAGAAAGAGCUGCCACAAGUGUCCUGUCUUUUGGUGUUGCAUGUACAUUCUCUGACAAAGUUGUAAUAUAUAGACUAUUUGAACUACUCUAAAGGACCUUUAACUGGCGUAUAAUAUUAUAUUUAAAUAGCAACCGUAGCCCAAUCAAAUUGACUUUCCUUAGAGCAUUUUGUUUUAGUUCGCACGAGUUACCAGUUGAAAAAAGAAAACAAUAGUAGUUUGCACUGAAGUCAUAUAGUUAACGGUGAUGCAAACACCAGUCUAUUGUUGUCAGACUUGGGACCAAACUCUGAAAUUUAGAGCCCUUUCUAUUUUUUUCUUCUUCAAGUCAUCAGAUGGGGGGGGGUGUUCCGUAUGAUUUUUUUUUUUUUGGAGAGGGUAGUGCUCAAGCUAUGGACAUUCCACUUAACAUACAUCAAAUAGACGUUCAUGUUAUAAUAACUAUGCCUGUUUUCAGUGCUUCAAUGUCUAUAGUAGAAGACCCGGCGUCUGUUUGGUGUAGGCUUAACAAGUACAGUUUCGUACAUUUGGUCAAGUGUUAAGGCAACCAUUUGGUGUGCAUGGUAAAAGACGUGGUCAUAUUUUUACCUUUGAGCUAAUCUAAGUAUAAUGACAUGUAAGGCGUCCCAUAACUAUAUGGAGUGCUCAGAUCUAAGUUUGUGUAGUUGCGUGCGCAUGCACUAUCAUUAUCAGUGCGUCCACAUUGCAAACGUCCGCUCGUGCAAAGCACGCGGUGUGUGCUUAAUUAAGAUUUAUCUGAGCAGCCCCCAUGUCGGUGUUUACAAUAAACAGCGCUGGGGUUUUUGCCGCCAUUUUAAAUUGUUGAACCUAAAAUGUCAGUAGUUUUACGGACCUCCAUCCUCGUUUAAAUUACAUUAAAUACAUAACGUAGAUUAACAAUGUUCGGUUUUCGUGAAGAUAUCAACUCAAUAAAUUUUAUUCAAAGGGAU